AUGAAAAAUGAAGCAUAUGAUCUUCAAAUACUAAGCUUCUCUGGUAUCAAGUAUAAACAAACUUACAACUGCAACAUCACAGAACUUUACUUUUCUCUUCCUGAACUUCCCAAAAUCCUAAUAUGUUGUGAUGGUGCUAGCAAAGGAAAUCCAGGGGAAGCUGGAUAUGGCUUCGUAGCAAGAAAUGGAGGGACUGGUGAAUUUUUGAUAGCAGUUGCAGGAGGUCUUGGUGUUGCAACAUACUAUUUUGCAGAAUUGAUGGCUGUUAUAUGUGCAGGUGAAUGGGCUCUGCAAAAUGGUCACAGGGAGGUAGUAUUUCAAUCUGACUCAAAAUCUGCUAUUCUAGGCUUUCAAAAUAAUAACUUGUCAUGGUUUAUCUCUGCUAGAUGGAACAUAAUAAUUGACAGCAUCAGAAGUAUAGAGUUUGCACAUAGUUACAGAGAAAUAAAUUUUUCUGUUGAUCAAAUGGAAAAAGAAGGGAGUGGGUUGAAUAUGGGCAUAGUAAAAAUCUACACAAAUAGUAGUUCUAUUAUAUUAGAAUCCCCAUUUCAAGCUUACUACAGAUUUAAAUAG